AUGGCUGACUCCCCAGCCAAAGCCGACGGCGGCUCCGAGCGGAGGUCGGCGGGCUACAAGUCGUGGAAGAAGAAGUACCGCAAGAUGCGCAUCGUCUUUGACAACAAGAUGCACGAGUGCGAGGAGCUGCACAAGCAGGAGGCCAAGGCCGCCAACACGGUCAAGCGGCUGGCCAUUGAGAACGACCGACUGCUGGACCUUCUCCUCGAGGUCAACAAUUCUCCGCAGAUUCCCCCGGACCGACAGAUAGACUUGUCGCUCAAGCCGCCGUCAGACGAGGGAGCUCUCUGCCUGCCCAUCGAUCGCGACCAUAGCAAGGACAAGGAGGCGGCCAUGAAGAAGCUCGAACAGCUGCUCAGCGACAUCCCCCAUUCGACCUAUGGCUCGGCCAAAGAGUCCAACCCGGCGUUCCUGGCUGACCUGGGCGCCCCCGACGGCGACUCCCAUCCCGCCCACUUCCUCUCCGCCGACGACAUCGACGACUACAUCUACCUCAUCGACAGCAGCAUCGACCCCGACUCGCCCUUGCCCACCAUGGCGCCGCUCGCCCACCCCAGUGCCCGCCCUCCGUCAAACCCGCAGACCAAGAAUCCUACUAGUGUGACGAAUUGGCUGCGGAAGCAUGCGCCCAAGAUCUUCCUCCAAGACGGCGAGACACAUCACGGUGACGGCGACGACGAGGCGGCGGGCGCGGGCGCGGGCGGAGGCAGCAGCCACGCCAGCGCGCGCAAAGCUCGCAGCAGCGCAAAGGGCGAUCGCAGCGGUGGCAAAGGCGGCAGCAAGGCCAAGAAGCCCAGCGCUGCGGCCAAGGCCAGUGCGGCGGCGGCGGCAGCAGCAGCAGCAGCAGCUGCUGCUGCUGAGCGCGGCGAUGGCGACGCCAGCAUGGAUGAUGACGGCGACUUUGGGGCGACGCCCGCGACGGCCCGCAGCAGCAAGCGCAAGAGGGAGGACGAUGGCGGAUACAAGCCUCGGGGGUCGUCGAGCCGGCCGUCUAAGAAGAAGCGCAAGAGCGACGUCGAGGCGACGCCCACGGCCCGCAAGUCCAAGAAGGAUGCUGCGGCGGGUAGCAAGGACGACUAG